AUGAACGCACUUGCACGUAACUUUGCUCAGAAUAUGCAAUUAGAAAGCCCAAUGGAAUUUGGCAAGUCCUUCGCGUAUACUAAAGUAUAUUUCUCUACUAUCAAUGGCGAGUGCGUGACCAUAGAGAAUUACAUAGAAGGAGAGACUUUUGAAAAAUACAUCAACAAUGAUAGCCUGGUCUGUGGUGAUGAUGUUGGCGACAUAAGCCUUAAAAGUGAGACCUUUGCUCAUUAUACAUAUGAGCGGUCUAACAAGCAGCUUAUAGUUUUGGAUCUUCAAGGGAUCGGUUACAAUCUUUGUGAUCCAGAAAUUGCUUCUGCACACUUACGAGUAGGGGACGAAACAAGUCCCAUUCUUUUCUGUUAUGGCAAUCUUCAUGAAACUGCCAUUAACAAUUUUGUAACUAACCAUUGUUGUAACAAAUUUUGCAGGUUUUUGCAGCUUCCAGAUAUGUAA